AACAUUUUGUUCAGUCUUUUGGUUAAAUGUUUGUUUCGUUUUUAGUUUUAAUUAUAAUUUCUAAAUAAAGUGUUUAUUUAUUUAUGAUUUUUGUGCCCAAAAAUACGUCAGUAAUUAACAGUCAAUUUUGGGAUCAAUUACUGGUAAUUGAUAUAUGAAUUGAUUGUUUUGUGUGGACAUCACUCGCGAGUGAAACGCCGACAACUUGUUCACCGAUUAUCACUUGUGAUUGAUAUAUCGAUGAAAACAAUGGGUUUAUUACCGCUCGAGUUUACCGACGGUCUGACGGAUUCGCCGUACUUUCGGGAGAAGAUUCAAACACAUGAGCGAGAGAUGGACCGCAUGAACCUCGCCAUCAAAUCACUGAUCAAAGAGGUCAAAGACCUGCUCACCGCCGCCAGAAGUCUGUCUCGUGUCCAGCGAUCAGUUGCCGACACUUUAAGUAACUUUAGCUUUGAGUGCAUCGGAAGCAGUCAAACGGACGACGAAAUUGUAAUCGCCGGUUCACUCAAAGAGUUCGGCCGCUUAUUGUCGACGAUUGAGGACGAAAGGGACCGAAUGUUGGAGAGAGCGAACGCAACAUUCAUUGAACCGAUCGAGAAGUUCAGACGCGAACAAAUCGGUGGCGCAAAGGAAGUGAAGAAGAAGUUCGACAAAGAGACGACUCGUUUCUGUCAGUCAUUGGAGCGACACUUAAAUCUGUCGACGAAGAAGAGCGAGAAUCACUUGCAAGAGGCUGAUGCCAGCUUAGAGAUGGAACAAAGACACUUCUUCCAGGCCUCCUCUGAAUACGUGCUUAAACUACAAGAAGUAAACGAACGAAAGAAGUUUGAAUUCGUCGAAACGGUGCUUAGUUUUAUGUAUGGGUGGCUCACUUUCUAUCAUCAAGGUCAUGAAGUCGCCAAAGAAUUCAAAUCUAUUAUAACUGAUCUACAAAUACGAUUACAAAGAACUCGAGCUAAUUAUGAGACCACACAAAACGAAACGGAAUCACUGAUGAACAAAAUGCUUGAAGUGAGGAAAAAUAAACUUCAGGACUCGGGUUCACUAAACAAGAUGUAUACACGACAGGGAUAUCUGUUUCUUAUGGAGAAGAAAGCGUUCGGCACCUCUUGGGCCAAACAUUUCUGCCAAUACGACAAAGAGAACAAACGGUUUACAAUGAUUCAGUACAACCAAACCAUCGCCAAAAUUAUAUCGACUGAAGAGAUCACUCUUAAGGAAUGCAUUCGUCGAAUGUCUGAUUCGAUUGACAAACGAUUUUGUUUCGAUAUAAUUCCUGUGGAGAAACCCAACUGUUUGUACACAUUUCAGGCACUGUCUGAAGAAGACCGUAAACUCUGGUUAGACGCCAUGGAUGGCAAAGAGCCCAUCCAAUUGAAUCCCACGCUCGCCGGCAAACCAUUACCUCAGCGUCAAGAGGAUUGCCUUUUGGACGAUCUGGGCUUCACUUUCGUCCAGAAGUGUAUUCACGUCAUAGAGAAGAGAGGCCUCGAAGAUCAGGGCCUCUAUCGUGUUGUUGGCGUCGCGUCUAAAGUGAAUCGUAUGAUUCAGUUAUGUCUCGACAGAAGAAAAAUCACCGACAGUAACGAGAUCUACGACUUCGACAGCUCUGAUGAAUGGGAGACCAAAACAAUAACAAGUGCUUUAAAGACUUAUUUCCGCAAUUUGCCCGAAUCUCUCAUGUCGUUCAGACUUCACACAGCGUUUAUCGCCGCCGCCAAACACGAGAACAAAGUGCAGAGAGUUGAGGCCAUUCACUGCUUAGUCCACAAAUUACCCGCUCUUAACUUUGAAAUGCUUCAACUUCUGGUCAAACACCUCUGCAAUGUUGCGAAUCAUUGCGAGAAGAAUCUGAUGACUGUUUCAAAUCUAGGCAAGUGUAUUCACGUCAUAGAGAAGAGAGGCCUCGAAGAUCAGGGCCUCUAUCGUGUUGUUGGCGUCGCGUCUAAAGUGAAUCGUAUGAUUCAGUUAUGUCUCGACAGAAGAAAAAUCACCGAUAGUAACGAGAUCUACGACUUCGACAGCUCUGAUGAAUGGGAGACCAAAACAAUAACAAGUGCUUUAAAGACUUAUUUCCGCAAUUUGCCCGAAUCUCUCAUGUCGUUCAGACUUCACACCGCGUUUAUCGCCGCCGCCAAACACGAGAACAAAGUGCAGAGAGUUGAGGCCAUUCACUGCUUAGUCCACAAAUUACCGGCUCUUAACUUUGAAAUGCUUCAACUUCUGGUCAAACACCUCUGCAAUGUUGCGAAUCAUUGCGAGAAGAAUCUGAUGACUGUUUCAAAUUUAGGCGUUUGUUUUGGUCCAACACUGUUGAGACCUGAAGAAGAAACAGUUGCAGCGAUUAUGGAUAUAAAGUUUGGAAACGUUGUCGUAGAACUUCUCAUUGAAAACUGUGAUAAGAUUUUUGGUACAAAGCCUGAGAAUGGCUUUCAAAGCCAACCGCGAAGUUCUCCUUCGGGUGCGAUAACACCCCUGAAUACGAACUCAUCAUUUAUACCACAAAUGAGUUCUAAUAAUAGUCCUCUUUAUGGGCGCUUACAGUACGACAAUAACUCGACAUACGCUCAGAUCAGAGGCCCGACCCGUAGCACAAGUCAAGACCAGUUAAUGGUUAUGAAUAAUCCAAUGAUUCAGCAUCAGUACCGACGACCUCUCUAUCAGCACAGUUUGUCGCACACAAGCCAUCAAAUGACGGCUUCAUUCCCUCCGCCGCCCAACUCUAUAACUUAUGCUCAAUCCAUACAAAGCCUUCCGCAACAGCAUUACGUUCAGUACCCGAACGGUCCGCAGCAGUCACUACAGCGCGCGGUCAGACCCUUAGCCAUAUAUAACCAAUGGAAUGGUCCGCCAAAUGUGGUCUCUUUGGGCUCUUCGCCGCAAAUGCACCAAAUGUUAGACAAUCAUAAAGAGAAGUCCCCGACCACCAGCUCCGGUAGUGCUGACUCUCUUCUCAAUAGUUAUACACAACAGUCAUCGCAAAUGCAGAACAACACGAGUCCAAACACCUCUCCGCCCAACACUAUCCCUAAUCCACAUUCAAAGACUUUUUAUAAUUAUAGACAACAAUUAGUAACCGCUCCGUCAGUGCAGAACAUUCCCAUCAAUUUCCGCAAAGUUCGCACCCGUUAUGCGUGUGUCGGAGAAAAUGAUUCGGAGCUGUCUUUUGAGCCAAAUAUGAUCAUAACUAACGUCCGUCAGUCACGAGAACCCGGUUGGCUCGAGGGCUGUCUCAACGGCAAGACUGGACUUAUACCCGAAAAUUAUGUAGAAUUUAUAGAUUAAUAUAUUUGUUAAUCUGUUGUCACUUAAAUAGAGUGCCAUUUAUUUUCUUAAAAAAUAUUUUUAUGUUUUUAGUUUUUCGACUUAAAGUAACAAUUUUAUUGUAUUUAAAAAACAAUAUUUCAUUCAAAG